AUCUAUCUAUCUAUCUAUCUAUCUAUCUAUCUAUCUAUCUAUCUAUCUAUCUAUGCCAGGUGUGCAGUCAUUUCCACAUCAUGGCUGUCAGUCCUAACCCCAUUCACAAAGCCCAGCUCGCCUUUCAGUCGUGCAAAACUCCAGCAUACUAUGACAUCUGGGCAGACACUUAUGAAGAGGAUCACAAUCUGAUGAGCUUCAAAGCGCCACACCUGGCUGUGGACUUCCUGACCCAACACUUCUGUGGGCGUCCUGAAGAAACUCAGGUUCUGGAUGUGGCCUGUGGGACGGGCUGGGUUGCAAAACUGAUGACAGAACUGGGCUUCAGGUCCUUUGUGGGAGUGGACGGCAGUAAAGGCAUGCUGGAGCUCGCUGCUAAAACUGGUCUGUAUCAGGACCUCAAACUGGCCUUACUGGGAACACAACCACUUCCUGCACAGACUGGUGUGUUUGAUGUGGUGAUGAUUGUUGGUGCUCUUUAUCCUGGUUUUGUACCAGUCAGAACCAUCAGGGAACUCCACAACGCUGCCAAACCAGGGGGCCUGGUGUGCAUAGCUAGAGGAAAUUAUCAGCGUCCUGCACAUUUUGAUUACAACAACGAUAUGCACAGAGAGAUGAAGCGGAUGGAAGAGGAGGGGCUAUGGAGUCUAGUGGGAACCUCACAGUCCGACAGAUACUUAGCAGAUCCACGUCCCAAAUGUGAUGGAGACGGAGAAGAACAGUACAUCAGUGGGACUGUUUACCUGUACAGGAAGUCUGUCUAGUCCAACCACUCAGUGGACCAGUAAAUAGGGUGGAUGCACUUAACUCAUAGCUGCUUGAUCUGAAGUUUUACUGUAAAGUGAAAAUGACACUAAUGUGAUAAAAUGAAGCUCUGAAAAACAAAAAAAUAAGGUAAUGCUGAUAACUAUGUGAUUGUCCUACACAUGUUUGACAUUAAAUAGAAUACUGACCC